GAUUUAGACUAGCAGAACCAGCACAAGCGUGCCGUCGCAGAGCUAUAGGGGCCCAGCAAAGGGCUAGAAGCAACCUUAGUAGUCGUACAUAUACUGCUAGGUCUUCUAGAUCAAUAUGCGCAGGAUGUGGGAGUGUGUUUUCUUCCUCCAGACUUGGUGUCCAGGAACGCCCAUAAGUCGCUCCAGCCACGGUUGUGGUUUCCGGAAGAACGCUCCCCACGCUGCAGAACUUAUGGCUUUUUUUUGGUCCCAGGAAGAAGCACUCCAUAACUUCUUUCGAUCGAAUAGUAUGCUUGCCGGAGAACAACUCACCCGGGUUUCGCCGGGCCAUUUCAAGUCGUCCGACACUCCAUACUGGUCCAACUGGGGGAUUGCAGUCUUCCCCAGGAGUCGGCUCAUUCCGUUGACAGUCUCUUAUUUUAGUCCUCGCGACAGAGGAAAGCGGAGAUGUGAAGGACCCAAUCUUGUGCGAAGAAAGGGAUGCUUAUAUCCACGUCGUUCCGCCCGAGCAAGUCCGGAUGACGGGCCGCGGGUGGGCGCGACAGCACAGGGCAGUGCGGCGAUGAACAACAUCAUCACAACUCCAGACUCACGACCGCGCGAUUGCAACAAAACACACAUUCACUGUACAACAGGUCUCAUUCCAAUCCAAUGACCAGACUAUCGCACAUAUACUCCCACGCCUCCUCGACAUGGUCGUCUUGCAUCGUUCUCAAUUCCAACUCCAACUCCAACUCCAUUCCCGGACGCGUCC